UCAUAUUUUUACUACUUCUCAUACUUUUUUAAAAAUCGCUCUUUUCUCUUUAAUUUAAAUCUCGCCAAGACAGAAGGAGUAAUUGUUUAUGCACUUUUCAAGUCACUUUCCAGUAUAGGAAGACAGAAUUUUGUUAUUGACAUUGACAUAAUGUGCUGCAAGUGGUGAAAGAAUAACUAAUACGAACCAACAACGAGGUCAAAGUUAUGGAUAUGCCAUCACUAAUUUGAUAAUUGCACACAAGAAAGUGGAUUCUCUUACUGAAGUUUAUCAGAGUAAGAUCCUGAUAUGGAGUCUCUUAUAGGGGAGGAGUUAGAUCUCAACUGGGUUUGCUGUCUUCUUGACGAUGAUUCGAGCCCAUAUUGCGAGUCUUUUCGGGGUCCUAAUCCUCUUGUCAAUCCUUUUCCUACUUCCAUCUCACAUAGUGUAAGUACUCAAGAUUCUUCUGCACAUCUGGAUGAAAAUGAAGAACAUGAUCGAAAAAGGGUUCGUGUUGCGUUAGGCACUGCAUCUAGCUCGAAAGCUUGUCGUGAGAAACAGCGGAGAGACCUUGUGAAUACGAGGUUCUUUGAGUUAAGUGAACUGUUAGAGCGUGGAACAACACCCAAGUUAGACAAAGCUGGUAUACUAAUUGAUGCGAUUCGAACGGUGAAACUGUUACGUGAAGAGACUAAGAGCUUGACCUGCCAGAAUACGGAACUAAAGCAGAAGAUCACUGAUUUAAAGGCUGAGAAGACUGAACUGCGAGCUGAAAAGCGCAGAUUGAAAUCGGAGAAAGAAGAGACGGAGAAACGAAUCAAAGCAAUAGGUAGUCAUUCUAGCUUGCAGCUUCACCCAAGUUCGGCAUCAAAUUCAUAUGCUAUCCCUUGUCAAGCAGUUGGUGGAAAACUGAUGCCCAUAGUCAAUUACACCAAUGUUCCGAUGUGGCAAUUUGUGCCUCAAGCUGCUUUCGAUAUCUCACAAGAUCAUGUCCUUCACCCUCCUGUCGCUUAAGCCGAAGACAUUAGGCUUCUUCAGUGAUUCUGUAUAAUGGGAUCAUGGAGAAUCUGAUUCUGUGCUGAGGACGUGAAUUUAUCUUGCUCUGUUUGCUCCAUAUCAUUCUGUUUUAAUCGCUAAUUUGCUCAAAAGAAUAGUAUUAAUUUGGCACAUGACAGGAAGUAUGAAAGAUAUGGAGCAUUAUUAUCUUAUGCUUUAUCUUUAGAGAUUAAAUUCGCUAACUGUUUCGUUUUUUGAAUUCAUUAGUCAAUCAAAAUGACCCAAAAAUAGCCCAAAA